CAUGGAGAACGAGAGACCACAACUGACUCCGGAGCAGGAUGCCCUGGAGCACAUAUUUGCUUGUAAAGACAAACCCUUCCUGGAGGGGAGGCACAUUGAUGCCUUUAAAGGGAGAGGACUGUUCACCCUCAAAGCCGUUGAACCCUCCAUGUUUGUCGUUGAAUAUCGAGGGAACAUCUGUUCUGUCAAAACCACAACACCUAAAAAGGAAUGCCCCGAUUCGCUGAUCAAUUAUUUAUUUGAGUUUUCAUGGAGUGGAGCACAGUGGUGCAUCGACGCUUCAGCCGAAGACCGGACCCUCGGUAGACUUGUGAAUGACGACCACAUCAGCCCCAACUGUGAAAUGAAGAAAAUAGUGAUUGAAGGAAAGCCGCACGUGUGCCUGUUUGCAGUGAAGGCAAUAUCUCCAGGAGAGGAGAUAACUUUCAAUUAUGGCGACUCAUCUUACCCCUGGCGCUCCACGGAGUCCUUUGAUGGAUCCAGUUCUUCGUACACUAACGUUUGUGCUACUACGUCUACACCAAGAAAUAAAGGGCUUGAAGACUGGGAGGCAGCGUCCUCUGACGACGAUGAUGAUGAGCUACGUGACAGUGGACCAAGUGGUGACAAAGACAGUUUUUCCAACACCAGCAGUCAGAUGAAUUUUGGGGAUGAUUCAUCUUUAAGAGAUUUAGUUUACCCUGAAGAGAUGACAGGGAAGUCAUCGAUGCCUCCAGCCGAUGCUUCAUGCUCCCGAAAGGACAAGAAGCCUCCUUUGAGCUCUCAUAAGCCCGACUCGGAUGGAGAUUACUCCACUGAAAGUUUUUGUUAUUUUUGUGGUAAAGCUGCUAAAAAAAUGGCACGGCAUCUUUUAAGGCAUGUUGAGGAAGAUUCCAAACUCGCCAAAGCUUUUUCUUUACAAAAACAUUCAAAGGAACGAAAUAGGAUACUAGCGGAUUUUCGUAACAAGGGGAAUCACAAACAUAACCAAGAGGUGUUGAAGAAUAACAGUGGGGCGUUAAAAUUGAGAAGAAGACGGAAAAACAAGGGGUCCAGUUCUAAAACAUUCCUGCACUGUAUGUAUUGUAAAAGCUUGUUGAUGCGUAAGGAAAUGUGGAGGCAUGUGCGCAGAUGUCCCGCGAGGAGCACAUCCGACUCGGCAACAAGUGGCAAAUCAAAAGUCCUCGGGGCCAUGGCUCUCGCUGAGGCUCCGUUAGCUCAAAAUCUAUCGGCCGACGUGAAGAAGAUACUCUCAGAUAUGACACAAGACAGGAUUGCAUUCGCAGUUCAAAAUGACGUCCUUCUAAUAAAGCUGACUGAGCGUCUGUCUGCCAAGUAUAGAGAUGAUCCACAUAAGCGCCAAUACAUCAGACAGACGCUGCGGGAAAUGGGACGACUUUUGUUAGCCCUCCAGGAGAAGUCAAUAUCAAGCUACCGAGAUGCAAUCAAACCCACCAACUUCUACAAAGUUGUCGACGUUGUCAAGAAACUCGCUGGAUUCAACGUCAAGAGGAAGAGCUAUGAGAAACCAAGUCUUGCUUUGAAGUCCGGAUAUUCACUUAAAAAAAUAGGUGCCAUUGUUGCUGAAGCGGAAGACUUGGACGAGCAGAUGAAAGGGGACGCUGAAACAUUUGUGAACAUGUGCGCGAAAGAGUGGACGGAGCUCGUCUCCCGCACAGCCCUCGCUUCGUUGAAAGGACAAAGGAUCAACAAAGCGUCUACGAUACCGUUCACGCGUGAUGUGCAGCUUUUCUACAGGUACAUUGAGUCAGCAUCAGUUUCUGCCGUCCAAGGCCUGAAGAGCGAAGAAAGCCAGCAGGUCUACACCGCACUGUGCAGAGUGACUCUUGCACGAGUGUCAGUCUUGAACAAAUGUGCCCCAGAGGUUUCAAAAAUGACUCUGAAGGCGUUCCAGGAGCGGGACGACAGUACCCAAGUGUUGUCCAAGCACUUCAUCAGAAUGACCAUGGAGAACAUAACCGGCCAGAACAUUUCUCUCCUGCUGACUUCUGAUCUUGUCAGCGCAAUAAACCUCCUCGUGAGCAAGAGAAAUGCAUGCGGGGUACACAAAGACAACCCUUUCUUGUUUGCAAUGCCGAACUCUUCACCUACAAGUCUUUUCCACAAAGGAUGCAACAUCAGGGCCUUUUCAAUUCUGUGUCGUGCAAAGAACCCAGAGCAUCUCAGGGGGGUGCAUUUUCACAAGCACAUUUCAAGAGUCUUCCAAAUCCUCAACCUGGAGAAUGACGAGCUGGACCACCUCGCUAAACUGCUUGGCCGCAACAUCCGGGCUGACAGGGACUACUAUCGGUUGCCAGAGGCAGCUGUGGAGCUCGCAAAAAUAGCAACUCUCAUUGUGGCGAUGGAGAAGGGCUCGCUUGAAAAGUUCAAAGGGAAAUCUCUGAGCGAAGUUGAGAUUGAGGAUGAACUAGAGCCAGAUGUGGAGCAGGUCAACAGUGAAAUCAGUGAUGCUGAGGAGGACGAUGAAUUAUCUGAUUAUGAGGAGAGCUUGAUGGAAAUCUCUCAAGCUGAGGAGCAAACUUUCAACAGUGAGGAUUCCUGUCAUUCAGCGGUGGAGGACUCAGGAGGAUCCUCCAGCUCUGCUGAAUCCUGCAGUGAUGACGAGUUUGUACCUGACGGUGACGCAAGUAGCGAUGAGAGUUCUAAACUCAACGUCAAACGACCGUGUCUCAGGAGUACAUUAGAUCGAGCCGCUCGUGCAAAGCGGCGGGGGGAUAAUUCUUUCUCAGUUGAAAUGCCCAAAGGACAACCAAGGCGCGCCACAAAUUACUGUUACGUCUGUGGGAAAGCUCAGUGUAGGUUUUCCCGUCAUCUGUUCAUCCAUAGACACGACGAGCCCGAGGUAGCUGAAGCGUUCGCGCUGCGCAAGAACUCAGUGGCACGAGCUCAACGAAUAAGGGAGUUACGAGACAGAGGAAAUUCUCAACACAAUGAAGAUGUUUUGAAGACUGGCCUCGGAGAACUGAAACUGAAGAGGAAAAAAACUGACUUGUUCACUGUUACCAAAGUGUGCCUGUAUUGUGAAGGCCUAUAUAGUCAUAAGGAGAUUAGGCCACAUAUGCAAAAGUGUUCGGCACGCAGGACCUCAAAAACUCGAAAAUGCAACAGUAAAGUCUUCAUGCUGGUUUCCUCUGUGGAGUUGAAAGACAACCCUGAACGCUCAGCAGAACUGAGUGCUGUGAUUAAAGACAUGCCCAAAGAUGAGAUUACAUCUGCAGUUUUGAAUGAUUCCCUCCUGAUGCUGAUGGCGCAGUAUUUCUGCCACAACAACAAAAGUGACACCAUCAUGAAGAGGCUGAGGGCAAUGGGAAGUCUUCUUCUCGUGUUAAAGAAAACGUCCAUGUCAAGCUUCGAAGACGUACUGAGUCCGGAAAACUUCAGCAAAGUCGUCGAAGCUGUCCGAGAGCUCUGCGGUUUCAAUGAAGAGAACAAGACUUGGAACCGACCGACUCUGAUAGUCACAGUAAGAUAUUCUCUCAAGUUGAUUGCUGACAUCAACUACGCAAGGGCGCAGAAGGAGGGUAAUGAUAAACGGAAGAUUGGUGACGCAGCGACAUUUUUGAGUUUGUGUAAGAAAGAAUGGUGCGGUGCCUGCAAAUUGAACACCUCGACGACGGCAACCAUACCCUUCAUGCAGGGCGUGCAGGUCUUCUACCGGUACUUGGAGAAGACGGCGGCUUCUGCCUCUGAAAGUCUGACUAAGUACGAAUCCGCUCCGGUCUACACUUCGCUUCUCAGAUUGACAGUCGCUCAGCUGUCAGUGCUUAACCAAAAUGUGGAUCUGGCUCGUGUGACACUCGAGUCUUUCCAGGAGAGGGAGACGACUGAGCGCUGUGAGGACCCUGCUGUCGGCCAGUCGCAGGUCGACCAGAUCCUCUCCGAGACGUCGGUGAAGAUCAAUGUGAUGUGUGACCACAUGGGCAGAGCAGUUGUCAUGACGUUGACCCCUACGCUGAUUGCCGCAUUAGAACAGCUUGUGAACAAGAGAGAAGCGUGUGGCGUUCAUACUGGUAACCCCUUCCUGUUUGCGCUACCUGAUGCAAAAUGUGCGAGCUACCUCAGGGGAGGCGUCACCUUCACGACCACUGUGGCACGGUGCGGCGCAAAGAAUGAACCGAUCCUCAAGUCUGUGUGUUUUCGUAAGCACCUUGCAAGAGUCUUCCAGAUCCUCGACCUCUCGAAUGGUCAGCUCGAUCAGCUAGCCAAACUUCUGGGCCGCGACAUUCAGACCGACAGAGAGUAUUAUCAGACGCCAGACGCAGCUGAGGACCUCGCAAAAAUCUUUGAGCUCCUCUCAGCGAUGGAGAAGGGAACCCUGGAAAAAUACCAGGGAAAGUCUUUCCAGGAAAUCGAAAUAGCAGAUGAGUUGGAGCCACAUAUUGAGCCGGUCAACCUCAGAAAAAGAGACGCUGAGGAAGACAAAGAAGAAUCAGAAAUGUCCUUUCAGAUGAACGAUUCAGAAAAUGGGACCGACAUUUCUCAGAUCAGAACCCCCAAACCAAAAGGUCGCUUGUCUUUAGAAGGAUCCUCUUCAAGAUUGGAAUGGCUCCGCAGCAGUUUAUCCAGAUCUGGUCGAGGCAGAGGGAGGGGCAGGGGGAGAGGUAGUGGGAGGGGGAGAGGGAGGGGCAGAGGGAGGGGGCGGGGGAGGAGGCUGGAGAGUGAAGAUGAAUCUGAGCUGAGUGAUGAGAAAGAUGAAGAAGUGAACUCAGAGCCAGAUGACAGAUCUGAGAAGAGAACUUCAGCUGCCAACACACCUCAGAGAACAUCGUCACAUAGCAAUGACAACACGACCAACAUGUUCUCCAGUGACGACGACGACGACGGCGGUGAUAUGAACGAUGACUUUGACAUGGACACCGGCGAGGAUAUUCCCAGAAAUGAGAAGAACGAUGGAGAUGAAGACACGCGCGGCUCAGCAACAAAGUCGUGGUUACCGGGUUUAAACGACGAGGCCGGCUCUGAUGCUGAGAAGAACGACAGAGCAGAACACGAGCUCGACGCUGGAAAGAACAUGGACACUGAUUCAGAGGAGAGCAUGGAGGCGGGUGGUCCAGACGAUGACGAGGAACCAAGUGGCUUGAUGGACGUGGACAGCAGAAGUUCCUCUCCCAUCAUAAAUAAAGAUAAGAAGAAAGAUAUUUCUGCUGCAAUGGCCGGGAUGAAAGAAGUGAAGAUAGUGAUCCCUAAACUGGACCUUACGAAGUUGAAGGCUCUAGUUCGACUCUCCCAGUCGUCACCUGCGAGUCAACCAGCUGCAAAAGAUCAGCCGAUUCCCGCUGACAGUAAACGAUCUCCAGAAAUGUCGACGUCCACAAACACAGAAAACACACCGAGCAGUGAAAAGGAGAUUCCGAUGAUCUGCUCGCACUGUCAGAAGAUCAUGACGAAGGGUCAAACAGCGUACCAGAUAAAAGGCUCCUCAGACGUCUUCUGCUCCAAAGACUGCCUGUUUGAAAAGUUCCCCAUCAACAAGCCAGUCACCAAAUCCUGCUUUUUCUGUUCCAGUGAGAUAACUCGGCCUUUGGACCUCAUCAUGGCGGCUGUGGACCUAAAGGGAACUAUGAAGGACUUCUGCAGUACGACCUGCCUCUGCUCUUUUAAGUCCUCAAUUAAAUCCCCCCAAACACUGUUCCGCGUCUGCGGCAUGUGCAAAAAAGGCUGCUCUACCAAAUGCGGGUUAAUGGUGAAGAACGUUCUCUACAGGUUCUGCAGCGACAACUGCCUCGAAGAUUUCCGCAAAGAAAACCACGCUGUGUGUAAGAACUGCAGCUCCGUCUGCUACAAACCGCUCAGGCUGAACCUGGAGGAGGACACUGAAGACGUCUGCAGUCAGGAGUGUCUGGAAAACUUGAAAAAGGGUAACCAGACACCCAAUCCGUGCACCUUGUGCCACAUUUCCCGGCCGGUGUCGGACAUGGUGACUCAUCACGUCGCUGAGAACGUGGUGGGGCUCUUCUGCUCUGGCUCCUGUGCGGUGUCAUACAAGCUACAACCGGAAUUUGUACGCAAGCUUCAAGAAAACAAAAGUGCAGACCGUUUGAAGAGGAAACGCGGAGGCCUGCAGUCUGAACAAGUAAGAAAUACGUUGAGUUUAUUUCAUACAAUAAAGAAAUGUGAUUACAUGAUACAAAGCAGACAGGGUUUGUUUAGAUAUAUAUUGUUUUAAAGGUAACAUAUUCUCCUCCUCUUCAACCAGUUUAAAUAAGUCUCAGAGCUCCCCACAACAUGUGUGUGAAGUUUCUUGUUCUAAAUCCACUCUGAUCCUGUAUUUGAUCAUGUCUAUAAACCCCUCUAUUUCAGCCCUGCUCAGAACAGGCUGUUUCUUUGUCUGUACCUUUAAAUAUGUAAAUGAGCUGUGUCUGACCACACCCCCUCUCUGGAAGGGCUCGGGUGUCUCGGGCUUUCUCGCUCCAUGUCUUAUUGUUUACGGUGAGAAGGCAGACUCAGAGGGCAGAACAAACACCUAGCUGUGGGAGUGUCACCCACCUGGGGGAGGGGCUACUGCCCUUUGUGAUGUCAUAAAGGGAAAAUCUGCAAACGGCCUGUUUGAGCACACAUUUUCUGAAAAGUGGAGCAGGGAAAAGACGGAGAGGAUGGACUUUUCUCAUCAUUGAGGGGUUUGUAGACGGACUAGAGACACAUAUUAGUGUUAGAGAAACAUGGUGAAGUGUAUUUUGAAAAAUAUGU